AUGGUUGGAAGUAAAACACUGAGUUCCCCCGCAACUGGACCUACCAUUCGGGUGCUACAGUUUAUUUUUGCAACCCACGGACUACCUGAACUCAUGGUAAGUGAUAAUGGCUCUGCCUUUACGAGUCAAGAAUUUGGAAACUUCAUGAAGGGCAAGGGAAUUGUGCAUAUAACAACUGCACCCUACCACCCGUCCUCUAAUGGGCUGGCUGAGAGGGCGGUUCAAACAUUCAAGGCAGCCAUGAAGCGAAUGGAAAACGAACAGGAAACAUUGGAAACGAAGCUGGAUGAAUUUCGUUUUUGGUACAGAAUCACACCACAUGCGACAACAGGGGAGGCGCCAGCUGUGAUUCUGAUGGAACGGAGAUGA